AUGUCGAGUCUCACCGACCCAAACAAUGACCCAAAUGUCGGUUCCUCUCGAGGCGAUUCUUCGUCGACCUCGGGCGAUAUCGCCAGCGGCCUCACUGGUACUGGGAGCUCGUCGUCCUCGGCGCUAUUAAUGACCUUUCUGCCGGCCUUGAUCUACGCGCUUUUUUGGGUGGGUCUAUUUUUGAUCUUUCGACGAACUCAACGACGAUGGUACGCGCCGCGAUCUCAUCUGCCUGAUUUGCAUGAUCAUCAACGGACCCCGGAAUUACCCUCAGGCUGGGUCAACUGGGUGGGUGCUUUUUUGAAGAUGGAAGAUAACCAUGUUCUACACCAUUCGUCGUUAGACGGCUAUUUAUUUCUACGAUUUUUACGCGUUUUAUGUGCCAUAUGUUUCACUGGCUGUGUCCUUACAUGGCCCAUCUUGUUUCCAAUCCACGCUACCGGUGGGAACGGCAAUACACAGCUUGACAUUCUGAGUUUCAGCAACAUUGCAGAUCCGAGCAAGUAUUAUGCCAACGUCAUCGUCGCAUGUGUCUACUUCACGUUUGUAUUUUACGUCGUUGUGCGAGAGAGUUUGUACUACUCCAAUCUGCGCCAGGUUUAUUUGAACUCCCCAGCAUACUCUUCCCGCAUAUCUUCGCGAACUGUUCUUUUCAUGUCGGUACCUCCAGACUAUCGGAAUGAGAAAAAGCUUCGGAGCGUAUUCGGCGAUGCAAUCCAACGAAUUUGGGUGACAUCAAACUGCAAAGAGCUGUCUGAUCUGGUCGACGAGCGAGACAAAAACGCUUAUAGACUAGAGGCCACGGAGACAAAGUUCAUUAGACGGGCAAACAAGGCACGGAUGCGGGCUAUCAAAAAUGGCGAGUUCUCUUCGGAAACGUGUCUGGAUUGCGAGUCCAGCAAUCCUGCAUGGUCAGUAAAAGUCAAGCGACCAACUCACAGGCUGAAGUUGCUUUUUGGCAAGAAAGUUGAUUCCAUUCACUACUAUCGCAAAGAGCUGGUCAGGAUCACGGAGGAGGUGAAGAUUCUCCAGCAAAAACACCAGGAUGGCGAGGCUAAACAGCUGUCCGCUAUUUUCAUUGAAUUCAAUACGCAAAAUGAUGCUCAAAUCGCCUUGCAGACCAUAUCUCAUCAUCAGCCAUUCCACAUGACUCCACGUUUUAUUGGCGUUUCUCCGCACGAAGUUGUCUGGUCAGCGUUGAAUAUCAGCUGGAAACAACGUGUGAUUCGCAGGUUUGCCGUUCAAGGUUUUUUAGCAGCGAUGGUCAUCUUCUGGUCAUUCCCGGCUGCUCUUGUGGGAACAAUCUCGAACAUCACAUAUCUUUGCCAAAUCAUCACUUUCUUGAAAUUUAUCCUGGAUCUACCCAGUUUUGUCAAGGGUGCCAUCGAAGGUCUUCUGCCAUCAGCAGCCCUUGCACUCUUGAUGUCAUUGGUUCCGAUCAUUUGCAGAAUCUGUGCCAGAAGAUCUGGUGUUCCAUCGUUAUCCCGUGUUGAACUUUUUACCCAAAGCGCAGUCUUCGUUUUCCAGGUCGUACAAGUCUUCUUAGUGACGACCUUGACAUCGGCGGCAUCGGCAGCAACGGCGCAAAUCGUCAAAGACCCAUUGUCUAUCAAGGAUCUGCUGGCUCAGAACUUACCGAAGGCAACCAACUUCUAUAUCUCUUAUUUCCUGCUGCAGGGACUAAGCAUGAGCUCUAUGGCACUCGUGCAAAUCGCCAGCGCGUUGGUUUUCAGGAUAAUUAACAGGUUCUUCUCACAUUCUCCUCGCCGACUAUACAACAAAUGGGCCCAGCUCGCUACUCUCAGCUGGGGUAGUGUCUUUCCUGUCUUUACAAACAUGGGUGUGAUCGCGUUGACAUAUUCAUGCAUUGCGCCAUUAAUCCUCGGCUUCUCUUUCAUCGGCCUAUACCUCGUCUACCAAGCCUACCGCUACAACUUCUUUUUCGUCUAUGAUAUCGAAGUCGACACAAAAGGACUAGUCUACCCCCGAGCCCUCCAACAUCUCCUCACGGGCCUCUACAUUGCCGAGGUCUGCAUGAUAGGUCUGUGUGCAAUCAAAGGCGCAAUCGGGCCUGUCAUCAUAAUGGCCAUCUUCCUCGUCGUCAACGUCCUAGCCCACAUAUCCCUCAAUGAAGCCCUCACGCCACUAAAUACCUUCCUUCCCCGAUCCCUAGACGCAGAAGAGGAGCUUCUACAAGAGAAAGAGGACGUGCGGAACGAGAUCAACGAACGACGUCGCUCGCGCAGUCUUGCCUUCUGGAGAUGGUUCCAUCCCAAUAUCUACAAGGACUAUGCUGCGCUUCGUCGGAAGGUGCGCAAGAACCUCGAUGAGGUAUCGUACUCGCCUGAAGAAUUGCGCACUGCAUAUUUCGAGCCUUGUAUUGCAUCGCCGUCGCCGACGUUGUGGAUUCCGCGCGAUAAGUUCGGGUUCAGUCGUCAUGAGGUCAUGGAGACGGACUCGAUUAUCAGCAUCACGGAUGAGGGAGCGCAUCUUGAUGGGAAGAAUAAGAUUAUUUGGGAUAAGUAUGACCCUACUCUUCCAUUAAGGGAACGCAAAAUUUUGUACUAG